AUGGCACUUCUAGUCAAGGUAGUCCUGCUUGUGGCAGUGCCAGGUUUUCACGCUGACGUCCAAACCAUUCCAUAUCCACCUCUGCUGGAAAAGUUAUACAAAUCCUUUGGCAAAUCUGAUGCCUCGAAUAGAAUAGGAGAAAGCAUUGGAUGUUAUAGUAUCUCAACGUUUGCAUUUAAGAAUAACCAAGUGAUCAAUCCAUAUGUACCACCUGACGCUGCUCGUGAAUAUGUACAACGAGUAUCCCAAAAUCCCGCCAAAAGAAGGCAGAAACGGGGUACAUUUUUACCACCCGGACAAUAUCGGUUACGUAAAGAAUACCGAAUGAUGAGCACAACAGAAAGAAAUGUUUUCCAAACUUGUUUGCAGGAACUGAAAGAAAGAUACAUUGGGGAUAUGUCCAUCUAUGACACGAUUGCUGCUAUACACAAAGAGGACAUCGACGUUCACAAUGGAGUGAACUUCCUUCCAUGGCACAGGGUCUAUCUUUGGACAUUAGAAAACGCCCUGAGAGAUUUAGGCGGUAAUUGUAGCCAGGUAACUUUGCCGUAUUGGGACUGUACUGCAGAAUACUAUGCAAAUACACUUGUCCCUAAUUCCGCAGCACAGUCAAUUAUUUUCUCAGAAAGAUUUGCAGGAUUGGGCAAUGGAGCUGUAACAGAUGGUCCUUUUCGAAAUUGGAAUCUUUCGAGACAGGUGUCUGAAAGUUGGGAGUUGUUCGGCCGAGACACUAUCGAAUGGUUAAAGACGAUAGGGACAAAUGAUUUGAUAACCUCUCCUGGUACAUAUUACUCAAUAGAGUUUUAUCACAAUAUGAUACAUAGGUUUGUCGGGGGUUAUUUGAGUUCAAUCACCAAUGCCCCGCGAGAUCCUUUAUUUUUUAUGUUACAUUGCUUUGUUGAUGCUAUUUGGGAGGAAAUAAGACAAGCAAUGAUAUUACGAGGUCUUGACCCGACCGUGUAUCCAAACGUUACUAAUGAAGGCCACAAAGGCCCACAACCAAUGGACGUGUUUACUGGAUGGACAAAUGAGGAGGGAUUUUCGAAUCUAUGGUAUGAAAGACACGUGCGAUACCAGCCAUCUUUUAGCUGUCGGCCAGAAGGCGGUGAUACUUGUAAGAACACUGAAGGUGUGGAAUGCAUAUGGAAUGAAUAUUCAAUGCAACAAGAAUGCACGGCGUUUCGUGAAUCAGCGACUGAAAGUUCAGAACCACAAACCGUAACCACUACCCCACAUCCUCCAACUACGACCCUCCCGUGGUGGUUUUGGUUUUGGAAGAAAAGGAAAAGGCGUGCAGCAACUAGUCACAAUAUCAACGAUUAUGGGUCUUCACAUACUACUAUAGCCGAGAAAGAUAAGGUCCAUGUAUGUGAUAGUCACACCUGUCCGUCAGCGCCAACGUCUAUGCAAAAUACAUAUACAAUUAAUGGCGUCACUGACUCCGCUUUGUGGGUUUACCUUCCUGUAAAAGUAAUAUUUAUAAGACCACCAGGGCUAAAAUUUCACACGUUCCCUUGCUAUAGUGAUGGGAAAGUCGCGGCCUUCAAUUUUACGCAGGACAUAUUUGAUCCUGCUUUUAAUGUGGAUUUAAAACGGCAUUUGCAUACUGGUAAAGGUCGUCCAUACGAUUACUGCCGGAUCAAUGACGCAGGUUCUGCCAAAAUCUAUAUCAGAUCUGAUGGCAUAAACUACGAUGGUAACUCAAUGGAAUAUGCUAGUCUAGACGAACGAUAUCCGAUCAGUUCUCAGAAAGCAUUCAUCGCGAUUAAGGAUCCAACUUUCAAUGUUACCGAGGUGUGUCUGAUGGCUUACGAUUCGUGUGGCAGGCUUUGUCUACCCACAUGUCGCCGAAAAGGAUCAGCUGUAUACCAACCCUGUACCGGAUGUAUUCGAGUCAACAACAAACAUCCUAAAAUGUAUGGUCGAACGGUUGCCGAUAUAGUGGCUGACCAAUGGACGUUCAACAGCAUCGAUGACUACGAAUUCCUUGACCCGACUGAGUCGGCUGAAAAUAUUUACCUUAAGUUUGUCUGUGACGCCUCCUCGAAAUUUCCAUGGCAACGACAGAAACCUGGUGUCUACUAA